UUGCAUAUUUUUAUUGGAAAGUGCUUUCAUAUAUGAGCAUAUUUUUUGUUAGGAUGUUUAUUUACAUUCUAAUAGAAGAUAGAGGUCAAAGCUAUAUUUUAGAGACCAUGCUAUUGUCCAUAACGUCAAGUAUUUGCAAACUGGAGGGGGGUAAUUUGAGUGAGGACGUUUUUCCAUUUGUCUUGAUCUUGUUUGAUUUCAUCGUAGUUGGAGCUCCGGUUUCUGCUUUUCUUUGCGCCACACCCAGACCCAGGAGCCGAAGGGUCUCUCCGCUGUUCGCUCCGUUCCGCUCGGCGGCGCACCCUAAACCGCACGUCCGCUGUCCGCAGCGAACACGUCCUCCUCCCGUCCGUGUACACAGCAUCAUGACGACGUCUUGGCCGCAGAAUUCCAUCUGCGCGCGGGACACUCUCGCCAAUCGCCAUCACUGAGAACGCAGUGCGACCGAUCUGCGCCGGCCUACAUACGUCCGUCGUGCGGCGAUGGACGCCUUCUUCAGCGGCCUUGACUCCCGGCUGCGGGAUGCGGUGAAGGUGGCGGACUCCAUCAUGGUGGGGCUGGUGAACGCCGCCAUGGAGGACGCCUACAAGAAGAGCCUCUGGAAGGACGGCGACCUGGAGCGCCUCUUCCACAAGCUCCGCUUCGCCGAGCUCGCCGUCAUGCAGCUCGAGUGGUGCCUCCGCUUCGUGCGGGGGGAGAUGGAGGCCGAUGGCGCCGGCGGUGCCGACGACGGCCACGAGGAGCUGCUGGACGACCUCCUCGAGACGCGGGACCAGAUCCAGGCCCGCCUCGACGAGGCCGAACUCGCCGUCGCCCAGGUGGACAGCGACUACAUGCGCCGGAAGCGCGAUGAUCUCGACCCGUCGCGCCGCUGCCGGGAGACGCCGUCCGCAGUCGACCGCCGCGGCGCCGAGGUGGAGGGCGGUGCGUUCGCGGAGCUCAGGGGGUCCGUGGGCCGGAAGAUGACGAGGAUGAGGGCCAGGCUGGAGGACGCGAGCUCCGAGCUGGCGGCGCUCAUGCAAAAGGUCAGCGGCGAGGCGUCGCCGAUGGCGAGGCUGCAGGACCCCGGCCACGAGGGCGACGGUAUCAAGGGCGUCUCGGGAUUCUACAGCAUGGCGCAGCUGCUUAUGGAGUUCCAGGAGAUGGUCCUGGACGCUGGCGUCGUGAGAGACAGCGUCGCAUCUGCGUUCGAUGCCAUGGAGAGGUCGGUCUCUGCGCAGCAGGCAGCCAUGGAUGAGCAGCGGUGGCUCAUGGAUGCAGAGAGGGAGAUGUACCGUGCCGUCGUUGAGGGUUUUCUCCGGGAGAUCAACGUGCAAUCAACUAAAUGCGAUCAUUCUGAGGGAGAAAGAUGUCCGACGCCUACACUGCAUCAUAGCAGAGGUGCUGCUGAGAAUAGCUUGGACGAACUCCAAUCUCUGAAGGAUGAAACUAGCGAGCUGCACUCAGCAAGGCAUAUCUCGGCAGAGAAGUCAGAGAGCAGCAGACUACGUUGUUAUAAUUCAGAAGAGCAUCGUAUCUCCCAAGAGGAAGCUGAAAGGCUAACAGAAAGAACGAUUGAUUCAGAAAUCAGAUGUGAACUGCAGCAUGUGUUAUACUCAGCAGUAUUCAAAGACCUAUUAAUGAAUCAGGCAUCUGAUGCACAAAAGCUUACUGAACAAAGAGAUGAAUUGGAAAUCAAAAGUAAUCUACAGUACGAGAUACAUAGUAUCAUGUUCAAAUACUUGGUAAAGAACUUAGGUGUUGAAUCCGUUGAUCAUCUUAUCAAGACCUCCAUCGAAGAUGAGGUGCAUACAGCUCUUCUUGCCAAGACUAUGAAUGCCUGGAAGAUCACUACUGAAAUGGUUCACAGUGAGAGACUUAUCAGGGAAGAGAUCAACCACAUUGUCUUUGGAGGUUUGAUAAAUGAUUUGGUAAAUGGUCAAAAUUUAAGUGUGGUCAAAUAUCAACACCAAAAUAGAUCCAGCGAUAAUCUGGGAAGAUUCGGUAUGAUUGACAGCACCCAGCAGUUAGAGAAGGGGAAGAUACAAGUCAACGUAACCACUGAAGAUGAAGGUGUAGGCUCUGAUCAACAUCAAGUACUUGUGAAUCAAGAAGUUUUAGGUAUAAUUGAUAAUUGUGACAGUCGAAAUUCAGAAGGAAGUGAUAAGCAAGCUGAAGCAUCAACAGACAGAGAUAUUGUUUAUGAUUCAGUUAAUUGCAAUUUUGAGGAAGGAUUGAAUGAUCGGAAGCUGCAAACAGAAGAGGUAGCUAUAGGUUUGUGCAUGCCUUCUGAAGGAGUGAAUCAAGAAAUGUGCUUUCCAUCGACAAACAUUUAUGAAAUAUUCAUGAACUUUGAGGCUAUUACCUGUGGAAAAAUAGGAACAACUGUGCUGAGAUUGGGAGACAUGGACAGACAAUUGUCAAACUUGAUUGAACAAGUGAACUCUGUUAAAACAAGUGAGCUUAUUUUCCGGAGGGCUUUCACUAGGAGAUGUUGCGACCUCCAAACAGCAGAAGCAGAGGUGGAUCUUCUUGGCGAUGAAGUGGAUCUGCUUCUUGGACUUCUCAGUAAGACAUACCGAGCUCUGGAGCAUUACUCACCAGUUCUUCAACACUAUGUGGGGAUCAGGGAGAUGAUGCACCUGCUUGGGAAGGAGCUUGCUGUGAGGCUGAGUCAUUAGGGCACCGCAGAAACACGGCGCGGAUUCUUUGCACCUGCCGUCUCUCGUCUCCACCGCCAUCGUAGUUCCUC